AUGCAGAGCGUCAGUUGAUGUUGUGCGUUGCGCAUCAGCAUGGUGGUUUUUGUGUGCACACAGUGUAAUGCCACAUUAAAAAAGUCUGCAGUAAAAAAUCAUCUAUCUUUUAAGAAGUGUACUACUGUAUCAUGUGUGGAUUGUCACAAAGACUUUGAUAAAAACUCAGUGGAAUCUCACUGCUUCUGUAUUUCUGAAAAGGAGAAGUAUGACAAGCCAAGGUUCAAAGAGUCAUCAAAAGGCAACAAGGUGUGUACGCAAUCAGAAUGGAUCAUGAAAAUCGAAGAUUUAAUUAAAAAUUGUCAAUCGACAAACCACAAGAGACUUCUUGAAAAUUUACGGGGUUGUCACAAUAUACCUAAAAAGAAGAAUAAAUUCGAGAACUUCAUGAAAUCGAAAUAUCGUGGUAUACCACCGCAAACCAUUGACGAGAUAUGGAAAUUAUUAGAGUCCGUAAAACCAGUGCCUAAAAACACUGUCCCAUCGUUGUCACAGGAGAAUGUAUCUGUUGAGGAACCGAAGUCUAAAAGACAGAAGGUAGAUGUUAAUGGAUAUCAUUUCCAGUUGUCUGUACAACAUAUACAGCAUAUCUUAACAGAAUUCGGCGGUAAAGCACCUUUCAGCGAUGUGAGGAAAAUGGUGAGUGUCCAAACACCCUCUGAUUUAAAACUUCUGUUUUUAAUUCGUUAGUACAUGGUCUCGAAGUGUAUUUUUGUGGUUUCUCAUUGCUACUCAUUAAAAAUCAUUCUCAUCAAACGGUAAUGCCUCGACAAUCAGUCACAUCGUACUCAGUGAACGAACGGUGUAUAAAUACACAAAAAUAAGAUGUUCACUUGCGGAAGCUUCGUAUUCUGAUUCCCAUAAAUAAGCCACGUGCGAACACUUCACAAAAGGAUGUACAGUACAUACAAAGCUUCAGUGUCUUCUCCUGAGGAAUGCAUAACAAAAAAGGAAUUCAAAGCUAAUCUGUUAAAUUUCAUUCAAAACUCCGAGAACAUAGUUUAUUCACCUGCUGACGGAACAAUCAGUACAACUACAAAAGGCGUUCUUCCUCAAACACAUGUUGGUGAGUGAUUGGUUUUGUUUAACGGAAUCAUAGAUUCAACUCGGACUUCAAGCUCUCAAUCCCAUCAAGUCAAAGAAGUUCCCGUUGACGAAGCUGAUCAAGUACACAAGUCCAAGAGCAUGAAAAAGUUACUAAAUACAAUAGUACAGGAAGUCGGUGGACGAAUUUCACUGAAGAAGCUUGUUAAAAAGAUCUAUACACAAACUUUAGAUCCAGAUGGUCAAAACACAACCUAUUGUACUAAAGAUGAACUGAAAAAUGAAAUUGUGCGUAAAAUUAAUAAAAGUAAAUCUGUUAAACUUUCAGAGGACGGUAAACUGGUUGAACUCUGUACAUAGAAUCAUGUAUAUAAUAUUUUGUAUAAAAUUAUUUAUAUCUACUUAUUUAUUUCAGUCACCCUUUAUUCUUUUGAUACACACCAAGGUGGCAUUAAACUCUAGUUUAAUUUAAGGUUGUCGAAGAAUGUAUGGGUUAUUUUCAGCACCAUAGGCUAAUAUCCCUGUUACAGCUGUCACUUCUCCGUCUUUUGCUUGUCUGUCUGUUUGUUUCCGACAUAGAACUUUGCACAUAUGU